AUGCGCGACGAUUCGAGACUGAUAAUUAUCAGUCUCAUCGUUGCUGGAGUUAAACGACCACUUCGAGCGUUGUUGGAUUCGGGUGCAUCCAACAACUUCUUUCGAGCAUCAUGUUUGUCCCUUCUCCCGUCGACAGUUACGGUUCGAGAAGGUCCAGGUGACAUCGUUGUCAAACUUGCUGAUGGACAACCACAGCGUGUCCCGCGUAAAACAGUGGUUUUGCCGUACACGUUCGACGGCUUCCAAAGUAAUGACGAAUUUUUGGUGUACGAGAUGAAUUAUGCAUUCGAUUGCAUCUUGGGGAUACCGUGGCUGUCACGAUAUCAGCCGACGAUAGACUGGCUAUCUCGGUCCGUCAAACGACGAAGCGGUUACGACGUAAGUGAAGUUUUCACUCAUCUGUUGGUAGCGCCAUCCGAUUGGCCUCACGUCAGGGUCGUGAACGAACUCGCCACGACUAGAAGUCAGCACAGAGAGAGCGAUGGCCCUCUGUGUCCGGUAUGUUCAGUCACACUGAUAGAACCACAACACGAGGCGGUUGAACAGAGGUUCCCGCAAACCCAGACAUCGGUCGAGCAGGGGCUCCCGAUUCACAACGAGACGGUCGAACAGAGGUUCCCGCAAACACAGACAUCGGUCGAGCAGGGGCUCCCGAUUCACAACGAGGCGGUCGAACAGGGGUUCCCGCACACACGGACAUCGGUCGAGCAGGGGCUCCCGAUUCACAACGAGGCGGUCGAACAGGGGUUCCCGCACACACGGACUUCGGUCGAGCAGGGGUUCCCGAGUUCUAGCGAGGCGGUCGAGCAGGGGCUCCCGCAUACACACACAACGGCCGAGCAGAGGCUCCCGAUUGUAACCGAGGUGGUCGAGCAGAGGCUCCCACAUACAUCUGAGGCGGUCGACGACGAGAUCCCGCCUCUUAUCGACGAGAAUGAACGGGCUGUGGACUUAAAUGUGAACGACGUGGUGGAGACAGAGCUCCCACGUCUAGCGGGGGGGGUACUUCAUCCUCCAGCGACAGCGACGUUCCAGCCUCGAGCAGUGACUCAAGACGCAAGAGAAAGCGUAAACGCAAGAAAGGCCGGCGACAUCGAGCAAGUGUGCAUCAUAUCAGCCGCCGAAGCAGCUAGUGGAGAAGUUCUGGAGGCUCGCCCAAAGAGCGCUGAGCCCAAAUCAGCGCGCGAAGAACGUUUCGUGGCACAGUCUUGGGAAGCCCUUCGUGCUUCGGGCAACCCUGUCUAUGAUAUUGCGCGUGAGUAUGCCGACAUCUUUCCGGAGAAUAUCCCCGCUGAGCUUCCAGCGGAUCGUGGUGUGCGACACGAGAUCGAUCUCGUGCCAGGAUCGAAGUAUUGCGUGACGCGGCAGUGGCCGCUACCGCGUGACCAAGUCAUCGCAAUUGAUGAAUUUUUUGAGGGCCGCCGUAAGGCAGGACACGUCCGCGAAAGCAUAUCGCCACAUUCGAGUCCGACUUUCUGUGUGAAGAAAGCCACCGGCGGUUGGCGCAUCGUGCAUGCUUUUAACAAGUUGAAUGACGCCACGAUCCCGGCUCAAACACCAAUUCCUCGGAAAGACAUGGUACUGGAUACCAUGUCCGGCAGCGAGAUUUUUAGCGCCAUAGACCUGACAGACGGGUUUUACCAGAUUUUAAUGAGGGACAGUGAUAUCCCGUUCACCGCUGUCAGCACACCGAGUGGGAUGUUUUGGGAGUGGCUAGUCAUGCCACAAGGCCUUAAGAACGCUCCAGCAACGUUCAACCGGAUGGUGACACAAGUGCUUCGGCCACUACGUGAUUUCGCUCCAAGUUAUUUCGACGAUAUUUUUGUUCACAGCCGCGCUGAGCAACAACUCAGCGCUACGGAGGUCCACCUUCGGCAUUUGAAACAGGUGUUCCAAGUGAUGCGCGAAAACAAACUGUACGCAAAUUUGAAGAAGUGUGUCUUCUGUGCUCCCGAGAUUCCAGUUCUUGGAUGCUAUGUUAGCAAGGAGGGUGUCCGUGCUGAUCCUGAGAAAGUGUCAUCGAUAUGUUUCUGGCCUACGCCCAGGAACCAAACGGAACUACGCCAAUGGCUUGGCUUGGCCAAUUACUUGCAUAAGUAUACGAAGAACUAUGCAGAACUAAUCCAGCCACUAUCGACUCUACUGAAGAAAGACGCAGUUUGGUCAUGGAAAGCUGAACAUCACUCUGCCUUCAACUCUGUGAAAAAGAGCUUGUCUGAAGCACCAGUGCUGAUGUUGCCUGAUGAUUCCAAGCCAUUUCACGUCGUCUGUGAUGCGAGUGAUUUCGCUAUUGGAUGUGCCCUCAUGCAGUUUGACGAUGAGGGCCGAGAGCGCGUCGUGAGCUUUCAGUCACGACAGAUGAAACCCGCAGAGCGGAACUAUCCGGUACAUGACAAGGAACUUUUGGCUAUGCGUUACGCGCUGAUCAAGUUCAAAGUAUAUUUGCUCGGCGAGAAGAUGUUUUCGGUCUAUACAGAUCACGCAUCAUUGCGUACCGCCGUCAAGACUCCCCACUUGUCCCAGCGUAUGGCACGUUGGUUGUCAUACUUCUCAGAGUAUAAUUCCGUGGUCUUUUACAAACCCGGCAAGAACAACAUUCUUGCUGACGCGCUUUCUCGACGUCCCGAUUAUGAUCCUCGACGUGACAUGGGUCAUCAGCCAGGCAUUGCUGAAGACGAGGACGACGACAUUUGUUUAUGCUGUGCUGAGCAGGGGCUCAAUGCAAUGAUUUCGACACCUGAGCUGUCAAUCCGGACUCAAAUCGCUGAGUCAUAUGCGAACGAUUCAUUCUACACGGGAAUCAUCAAUUAUCUUCGACACCCUAGUGAGGGUUCACUCGCGAAGUUGACGAAACCAACGCGUGACAACAUCAAGCGGUACGCGCUUGAUGGUCCGCUGCUGACUUAUACAAUGGACGUUUUCGACCCACCGCGCGUCGUCAUCCCUGCUGAUGACGACCUCCGCGCACGAUUGGUGCAUGAAUUUCAUGACACUCCAACUGGUGGUCAUUUGGGUCGCGAGAAGACGUUCGCGGCCAUCUCUCGUGUGUUUUUCUGGCCGCGUAUGUACAAAUACAUCCAGAAAUGGGUACGCUCUUGUAUAAUAUGCCAGCGUGUGAAGCCUGCGCCGUCUUCACAAGCUCCAUUGCGUCCGCUUCCGAUUGCCACGGAAGCCUGGCGUUCGGUCAGCAUGGAUUUCAUCUUUGGUCUCCCUCCGGACGAACAGAAACGCACGGGCGUAUUGGUUUUUGUGGAUCGAUUUAGCAAAAUGGUGCAUUUUGCUCCAGUCUCCGCGCACGUUACGGCGGAGACGACCGCGCAGAUCUUCAUCGUUCUCAUAUUUCGACAUCACGGCUUGCCUGAAUCAAUUGUUUCGGACCGCGACCCGCGCUUUACAUCAGCUUUUUGGGCAACGUUGUUUCAACUAUUGGGCACGCGACUGCUUAUGUCUACGGCAGCCCAUCCAGAGACGGAUGGGCAAACGGAGCGCGUGAACAGAGUGCUUGAAGAUGUACUACGCAGUUAUGCGACAUCGUUCCAGUCGUGGAGUUCGUUUCUCCCUCUCGCUGAAUUUGCAAUCAACAACGCAAUUCAUGCGUCGACUGGGUUAACGCCAUUUCUCGUGAAUAACGCGAGGCACCCUCGCGUUCCAGCGCUUCUUGCUCUUUCAGCUUCAGCACACCCAGUUUCUCAGCUUGGUGGGGGAGUAUCUCCCGAUGACACUACGCGAAAAAUUUUGAUGAUUGGUAAUGUUGAAGACAAGGUUGCUGCCGAUCCAACUCAUACUGUUAAUUUCGUGGCCAAUGGCAUAUCGAGUCCCGACGCGAUGCAUCCCAUCGCGUCUCCCGUCGCUAAUUUUGCUCCUAAAGAGUCCACUUCUCCUGUAAGUUCGGCUGCUGUGACCGAAUUCCUAUUACUACGGCAAAGUAUCACGCGUUUUGUACGCGAUGCACUCCAAGAAGCAGUGGAUAAACAAAAGGAGAACGCGGACAAGCGAGGUCGAAAGAACUUGCUGACGUUCAAAGAAGGUGACAGAGUCUUACUAUCGACAAGCGGAUUACCAGACACGUCAGUAACGAAUUUGGGCGCUAAUAAAUUAGCGCCAAGAUAUAUUGGGACCUUUCGGAUUGUUGAAGUCCAUGGAGAUGCUUACACGCUAGACAUACCUACCACUAUGCGUUUGCACCCGACAUUCUAUGUCGGGCGCCUUAAGGCUUACCAGCCGGCGGAUCUCCCUUCGGUCCUUCCUCACUCGUCUGUAUCGGCUCAAAGUCCGACACCCCCUGCCGACGACGCUGACGACGACUGGGACCAAGUCCUAGACGAGCGCGAGCAGACUCAUUCUGCUGGGGUCCACCGAACGCAGCAGUCUCGAGCUGUCGCAGACGCUCCACCAAGCCCUGCUGCUCCCGUCGGGUUCUCUCGGCAGCCUCUGUCGCAGCUGCUGAACGAUCUCGAGCCCUCUCGGCCAUCUCACGGGCAUCCAGAAGGCCGUUCAUCGCCUCCUCAGUGUCAGCACGAAGGAAACGAAGCUCGUCACUCGACGGCACAGGCGCCCGAUUAUGAGAAUCGGCGCCCAACCCAAGAAGCCUUCCGUCGUGAUGCUCCUCCUCCCUUGGUAGAUGCAUCGGGUGAGCGACGCUGGAUUGUGGACCGUAUCGUCGGCCAUGAAGACCCCACGCCUCUUGCGCCGAGUAGUGGCUCGGCGCCAUCGAAGAAUCGUUCAGAAACGCAUUACAAGGUCCGAUGGUUGGGUUAUUCACCAACGGAAGACACGUGGGAGCCUCGAAGUAUGCUGGCUCACGAUGUUCCUGACGUCGUUGAGGAGUACGAGACCAGUAAGAGGUCGGCGAACGCGACCGACGCUGCUGACUCCUUCCACGAUCCCGCGAACCGUAACGUGCGUGAAUUGGCGAUCGACGACGAUCUCCCGAGCGACUCCGACGUCUUCUACGAGGCUCGGGAGCAUUUGGAUACCUUGACGGUCGAGAGCGACUACGAGAACGACCUUGGUGGUCGUAAGACAAACGAUCUCGACUACGUGAACGCCUCCAUUGAUCGACAGGGCGUUCCCUCAUGUGACGCAACGCAGAUACUUGGAGCUCUGAGAGGCUCCUCUCAUAGCGUCCGAUCCAUGGUCGGAUGUGCUGGGGCAUUCCCCGUGCACACACCAUGUCGUCCCAUUCCUGCCGCAUUGGUCGCGGUCUCUCCAUGUGACACCGUGGACACCCUUCACGGACAUGGACGUAACACAUGUGGAACCCAUCACGAGUCAAAUGACAUACGCGUCGUCGUAAGUCGCCAAUAG